AUGGCGACUCCUUGGCCAAUGAGAAGAGAGAGGUGCUCCUAUGGCUCCGCCUGCCUUGCUAGAUGGUCGGCAUCCUCCUUGAUGCUCCUAUGGUUGCCGUGGGUGUUGCUGUGGCUGCCGUGGCCCGCCCGAGCUGAACAAGUGGGCGGCGGGGGACAUGGCGGGAAAGUGCUCCACAGUUCCCUGUCGUCCCCCUCGUCCUCGUCGACGUCCUCUUCCUCCUCGUCUUCUUCCUCGUCCCCCUCCAGCACCUCGGCGUUCGGUUUCAACACGAGGCAGAGCGGAGGGCAGCUGGACUGGCUGCUGUCGGAGAAGGGACCUUUCCACAGAUGUCCGGAGUACACCGAGUUCAGGGAGAGGUUCCAGCAGGGAUUUUCUACCAGAUACAAGAUUUACAGGGAGUUCAGCCACUGGAAGGUGAACAGCCUGGCCACAGAGAAGAGAGAUUUCCUCAAAGCUCCAUUGCCCUUAGCGCCAGAGUUCCUACGCAACCUGCGGUUACUGGGGCGACGGCCAACCCUGCAGCAAAUCAACGAAAACCUCAUCAAGAAGUACGGGACCCACUUCCUAGUUUCUGCUACCCUGGGAGGAGAGGAGUCCUUGACCAUUUUCCUGGACAAGCAGAAGCUGAACAAGAAGUCGGAAGGCAACAGCAACAGCUCGGUGGUCUCUCUGGAGUUGCUGCAUCAGUUGGCAGCUUCCUACUUCACGGACCGAGAGAGCACCUUACGAAGGCUCCACCACCUCCAGAUCGCCACCUCCGCUAUUAAGGUAACCGAAACAAGGACGGGCCCUCUUGGCUGCAGUAACUACGACAGCUUGGACUCAGUCAGCUCGGUGUUGGUGCACAGCCCGGAAAAUAAGAUCCACCUAAAGGGCUUGCAAGAUGUCCUGCCAGAGUUCCUGCGUGGGCGUUUUGUGGAGGCAGCCCUCAGCUACGUGGCGUGCAACUCAGAGGGCGAGCUGCUCUGCCGCAACAACGACUGCUGGUGCCGGUGUUCUCCCCGCUUCCCAGAAUGCAACUGUCCCUUCGCCGACAUCAAGGUCAUGGAGGAGAACCUGGAGAAGAGUAAAGACGCCUGGAACAACUUCAACCAAGAGUUCAUGGAAUCAGAUGAAUUCAAAGCCUUCCUGAAACGCUUACCCACUGACCGCUUCUUGAAUGUGUCCACGAUCGCCAAGUUCUGGACCUCUGAUUUGUCCCUCCAGAAGCGCUACGCCCAGCUGGAGUCCAGCACCGCGAUGGUCCUGGCAAAAGCCCAGAAGAUCGUCAGGAAGCUGUUCACCCUGAGCAAGCGCUGCCCUAAACAACCUCGCAUCAGUCUGCCUCGAGAAAGGCCUGUUGGGUUUUGGCUGAACAGGGCUCAGUCUCUGCUCUACUGUAAUGAGCAUGGAGUGCUGGGCUCCUUCUCUGAGGAGGUGAGGAGCUGUAGCUGCCCUUCGGACCAGCCCACCUGCCAGGGUGUCAUCCCGUGUGUCGUGGGUACCGUCUCCACCUCCUGCUCCCUGUGCGCCACUGACAACGCCACCCGCUGCGGAGCCUGUCACCAUGGCAACCUCCUCCAUCUGGGUUCCUGCCGACCGAGCAUCGCCGCGUCCCUGGACCAUUAUCUGAACUUUGACUUGGACAUGCCAGAUGCUGAGGUGAAGUACCUGCUUCAGCGACUGGACAGCAGAAUAGAGGUCCACGCCAUCUACAUCAGCAAUGACGUCCGUCUGGGAAGCUGGUUCAACCCGGCCUGGAGGAAGAGGAUGUUGCUGACGCUGAAGAGUAAUAAAAACAAGUCCAAUCUCAUCCACAUGCUCAUGGGCAUUUCUUUUCAGAUAUGCUCCACUAAGAAUUCAACACUGGAACCCGUGCCGGCGAUUUAUGUGAAUCCUUUUGGGGGAAGUCACUCAGAGAGCUGGUUCAUGCCUGUAACUCAGCCUGAAUUCCCUGACUGGGAGAGAACUCGAUUGGACGCCAGCGCCACAGCACAGUGUUACAACUGGACUCUGUCUCUGGGCAGCAAGUGGAAGUCCUUCUUUGAAACAGUGCACAUCUACCUGCGAAGCCGCAUAGUCACAGACGAUCCAACGGUGAAUGAAACUCUCUUCUAUGAGCCGUUGGACCUGGAUGACCAGACCUCCAACCUGGGCUAUAUGAAGAUCAACACGCUGAAAGUCUUUGGAUACAGCAUGCACUUCGACCCCGAAGGCAUCAAGGAUCUCAUUCUCCAGCUGGACUACCCCUACACGCAGGGUACACAGGACGCCGCCUUCCUGAUGUUGCUGGAGAUGAGGGACCGGAUUAACCGGCUGUCUCCACCAGCGCCGCAGCCGCUAGACCUGUUUUCUUGUCUGCUGCGCCACCGCCUCAAGCUGUCGGCCGGAGAGGUGGCCCGCAUCAAGGACUCCCUACAGAUCUUCAACUCCAAGCUUCCCAAUGCUUCUCCUGAACCUGAGCUGGCCCAGCUGUGCAGCUAG